GGACGACGCGGCGCGGGUAGAGCUGCGGCGGUAGUGGAGCCGCCCGCCGGCAUUCAUAGCCGGGACGUGGCCGGGGGUUAGCGGUCGGCCACCUGUCCGUUUGCCGCCAUUCAGUCGAGCAGCCCGCCUGGAAGACACGCCGUCGGCACGGGACCUGUCCACGGUCGCUCCGCGAGAGGGCGCCGCCGCUCGUCUGUAGCCAAGAGCCGGUUCUGGCCGAGUGUGUCGGCGUGGGCCGCGUGAGCUGGACGCAGUGACCGGCGGACGGAGCGCGCGCGCUGCCGCGGCUCGGGAUUUACUGUGGAAUCUGUGCUGCAGGGCUGGUCAUACCGGCAAGAGUGUGCUUUGUUGUAGCAAGUCUUGCUGUUCGGAGGGUCGACCGACUCCGAUGAAGGUGGUGUAGACGGCGGCAUGCCAAUGUCGCUGCGCCUCCCACGGCAGAAGGUCGAUCAGGAGAUCGCCACGCCGCGCAGUCUCGAGGAAGGGGACCACCUGCGGCUGGGGCACACACGCCACAAUGCCACGUUCAGACUGCGAAAACUGCUGCGUAACCCGGACCAGCAGCACGAGAAGUCCGAACAGGAGUUCAGCGCAGCCUCCACCGGCUCCGCUGACUUCGAACUGCAGGAGCUACAGGACCUGCUGCAGGAGCAGCCGUCCUCCAGCUCGCGGCGUCAGGACCGCUUCCGCUCCCUGUGGAAGGCGCAGGACCUGGAGAACAGUCUGAAGCAGAUGCUUCGAGUUGCUGGCUGCUCUCUCCGCAUCCUGGAGGCAGUCAAAGAGGAGGACAAUGAGCGGAUGCUGGCGCUGUGCACUGGCGAUGAACUGACUCUGGUGGAGGAGGAGGUGGCACUGCUCUCCGGCUGUCUGUUCGGUCGGCCGAAACUCGUCAAAAAGCUGCUGAAGAAGGGCGUGUCGGCGGCGGCAGCAGACACGGAUGGCCGCUCGGCGCUGCACUUGGCUGCUUUCUCGGGAAACCUGGAAACGGUGCACUGCUUGGUGAAGCACGGCGCCAACGUGAACGCCUGGGACGCGGCGCAGUCAACGACGCCGCUCAUCUGCGCUGCCGCUGUGAGCUCGCCCGAAAUUGUGUCAUUUCUGAUCGCCAGCGGUGCCGACGUGAACGCUGGCCUGGACCCCAGUGAUGAGACGGCGCUGCACUACGCGGUACGCGCCAACUCGUAUGCGUGCGCCGAGCUGCUGCUCAAGGCCGGCGCUAAGACGAGCGGUGCGGGAGCGCGCAGUGAGACGCCGCUCCACGUCGCCGCCGAUUAUGGAUUUGACAAGUGUCUGGGCCUCCUGCUGCAGCAUGGCGCUAAAGUGGACUUGGUGUGCGGGACUGCGUGCAAAACGGCUCUGCACCUGGCAGCCGAGGACGGCAGUGUGGGAUGCGCCAGGCUUUUGCACGAUCACGGAGCGCGGCUGGACUUGACCACCAAUCGUGGUCAGACUGCGCUGCAUCUGGCGGCCAAAUCGCAGUCGGCGGAGCUGGUUGAGCUGCUGCUCUCGUGGGGUGCCGACAUUAAUGCACGCGAUAGUGACUUACGCACUCCGCUGCACUGCUGCAUCGGUAAGCAGUGCCGGUCGCUAGAUGUCAUCAAGGUCCUCGUCAACCACGGGGCACUCAUCAACGAAGGAGACACCGCAGGAUACACUCCUCUGCACGUGGCAGCCAUCAACCAGUUUUCGAGCUGCGUGGAGCUGCUGAUGGACCACGGUGGCGACGUCACACUGCGGAACAAGGGUGGCAUCUCGUGCCUGCAGCUCAUCAAGCACCGCACGCCCUCUGUGCUGGCCAACCUUCCAGACCGCUUCAGUCGCGCAAUUCUGUUCUACGAACGGGAUGGAGUGCUUAACAACAAGUUCGCAGAGCUCAAGAUAAAUUUCAAACCUCUGAUGUCGCAAGCGAAGGGUGAAUGUCAUUUCCUGAAGGCGCUGAUCGAUAUCGAUCAAAAGCACCUGCUUAAGCACCCGCUGUGCGAAAGCUUCUUGCACAUGAAGUGGAUGAAAGUGCGAAAGUUUUUGUUUGCAAAUGUGAUGUAUUACCUGUUAUUUUGUGUUCUUUUGAGUGUGUACGUUCUAGGUACGUGUCAGGACAAUUGCUACAACAUCGGGCGCGGUUUGGAGCUAAAGCUGUGUAACAGUUCUCAGGAGGCAGACCCCAGGAGGAUUAGACUUCUGUUCAGGCAGUGUGUGAAGAAGGAUCACAGCCUGAUAUUGAACUGUGAUGCGGCACAAACUGGCACUGUGUCUUUCCCGGAUGCGUGCAGAUGCAUCCACUCUAGCUUUCAGCGGCUCUCAGUAGAUUCGCCGUUCUUUUACACGAACCUGUGGUAUGUCUUGCUGCUGUUCAACCUCACUAUGGCUGCCAAAGAGAUCUUCCAGCUUGCGCAAGACCCGCCACAGUAUUUCCGCAACCCAGAGAACCUGGCUGAGUGGGCACUCAUGCUGUUUCUGGUGCUGAUUGGCACUCCUGUGCUGGAUUACAUUGACACAUGGCAGAAACACCUGGGCGCUCUGUCUGUGAUCAUCUGCUGGUUUGAGCUGAUGAUGCUAGUCGGCCGGCUACCGCGACUCGGGCUCUACAUUCACAUGUUCUCAAAGGUCCUGAGGGACUUCUUUCAGUUCCUGUUGGCCUAUGCCUCGCUGGUGAUCGGCUUUGCCGUGGCAUUCGCCGUGCUGUUCCCACACUAUCCGCCGGUAGGGAAUCCUUUGCGAAGCUUUCUGAAGGUUCUGGUGAUGAUGACUGGUGAGAUAGAGUUCGCUGACAUGUUCUAUCCAGACGAAAACGACGGUUCUAUUCUGAACCCUACCGCAUCGCUGGUUUUCACUGCCUUCUUGUUCGUCAUGACAAUCAUCUUGAUGAACUUGCUGGUUGGUCUGGCCGUUAGUGAUAUCCAGGGCCUGCAGCGUACAGCUAAGCUUGGCAGACUGGUACGGCUCACUGAGCAGAUGUCGCACAUCGAGUUCACGCUGUUUUCCAAGGUGAUGACGCGGCUGCUGCCGGAGAAGGUGUUUGCGUGUAUCGCCGAGAUGGCCCUCGUGUCGCCGUCUUCGUACCGUUAUACGCUGGUGCUGCGGCCCAACGAUCCGAACGACACACGGCUGACUCGCGACAUCAUGAACUCGGCCUGUCGCGUCGCCAAGAAGCACGCGGAAAAAGAGUCGCACAAAAUGUCCGGCAAGCAGCGGCAAAUUUCAUCACUGUCUUAUGACGUCGACCUUUUCCAGUCUGUUGUCGAAGAGCAAACCGAUGGAGACUCGGACAAAGAAUCUGCAGUUCGUGACAUGAAAUUGAAAACACUCGAGGCCAAAAUUGAAGUGGCUCAGUCGGCGCUCGGUACACUCCUUCUCGAGGUUCGGGCCAUCGCCCAGGGGUUGAACAAGCUGAGUGAGAGCCACGGACUGCCGCCGGUACGGGUGCCCCGUGCUACGGUGGUACGCGCCAGUCGCAGUCUGGAUGUGGAGGCCCGGGGCGGACGCGAUGACACGCCUGCGAACGGUGACGCCGUAGCGCGUGGGCCGACCACCCCUAGCACGUCAUUGGAUGAGGAUUGAUUGGGUGCUCCUUGUCGUGUCCACUCCGCUGAUGACGGAAACGGACACGGUUAGUCAUGUUUAUGUUGACUUUUUCCGACUUGUUUAAAUUUGUUUUGGUCCUAUGACUGCGCGUUUUGUCUCUGGGCAUGGUUCGUUUGACUGGGCCGCACUGGCAGUGUGUAUGCAGUAGUUCACGCACCAUCUUGUGUUUCACUACAACACCUAACGUAAGGUUUUACUUGCUGAAUAUGUGUGCGGUUUCUUAGAUGUAUGUUGUAUUCAGGUUCCUCAUGCUGUGUGUUGUGUAGCUGUCGAUUUGCAUUUACUCCGUACAUGAGACACACUUUUGCUCGUUCCCUUGUGAUGCAGGAGGAAUGCUACCCACUCGAGCUUUACCAUCAUUGGCUAGUGGCUACCGUGUAACAUUAUUAAGUGAAUGUGCAAUAAACCUAUAAUCUCUU